AUGUGGAGAUUAUGCCGAAAAUCUCCGAAGCAGAUUAGGAACUCGGUGGAGUCAUGUUUUAAAUCUGUGAAUGCUCGGCACUUCUCCGUUAGUUCGUUCCAGUCAGCUAAUGAUGAUGUAAUUUUAAAAUAUAAUCAGUCUAAAAUAUCAAUUUUUCUCCAGAAGACAGUGCUCAAAAGACAGGAAGUUCUCCAUCUUCUCGCCAAAGAUCAGCGAUUUGAAGAAAAGUUUUUCAACCAAGUUCAGCAGACAGUUCGAUAUUUUGCACAAAAACCGAACGAUCUGAAGAAAUUCUUCAAAAAAGACUCAAACAAUAGUUCUUCGGAAAAGAAAGAGUCAUCUUCGAACAAAGACAGCAGUGGCAAGAAAGGAGAAGACAAUAGCCCAUUUAAUCAAUUCCCGGGAGGAUGGCAGCAAAUUGCAGUGUCAGCGGGUAUCCUCAUUGCUUUAUAUUUGUUCAUGGACUAUCAAUCAUAUCGUGAGAUUUCCUGGAAAGAGUUUUACAGCGAUUUCUUGGAGCCCGGACUUGUGGAAAGACUUGAAGUAGUCGACAAACGAUGGGUCAGAAUCGUCAGUUCGUCUGGAAAGUAUGCAGGACAAACAUGCUAUUUCAAUAUUGGAAGCGUAGACAGCUUUGAACGCAGUCUAGGUGCAGCUCAACAUCAUCUCCAAUAUGACGCAGAUCGCCAGAUUCCAGUUCUAUACAAAUCAGAGUUUAACUUCAAACGGGAAAUCCCAAAUUUGAUCAGUGUAGCGUUUCCACUAUUGUUCGGUUAUUAUAUCUAUCGAAUGCUGAAAGGAGGUGGAGCUGCCGGAGGCGCAGGAAGAGCCGGUGGUGGAGGACUAGGAGGAAUGUUUGGAGGAUUCGGACAAAGUACUGCUCGUCUUAUCAAUAAAGAAGACAUCAAAGUGAAGUUCUCUGAUGUUGCUGGCUGUGAAGAAGCGAAAAUCGAGAUUAUGGAGUUUGUCAAUUUUUUGAAAAACCCUCAACAAUACAAAGAUCUUGGAGCAAAAAUUCCGAAAGGAGCUAUUUUGACCGGACCACCUGGUACAGGAAAAACUCUUCUUGCUAAAGCUACUGCGGGAGAAGCCAAUGUUCCGUUCAUCACAGUUUCUGGAUCCGAAUUUCUGGAAAUGUUCGUUGGAGUAGGUCCAGCAAGAGUCCGUGAUAUGUUCUCCAUGGCUAGAAAAAACUCUCCAUGCAUCCUGUUUAUUGACGAAAUCGACGCAGUUGGUCGAAAGAGAGGAGGAAAAGGAGGAAUGGGAGGACACUCAGAACAAGAGAAUACGCUCAAUCAGCUUCUUGUCGAAAUGGAUGGAUUCACAACCGAUGAAUCUUCAGUUAUUGUAAUUGCAGCCACUAAUAGAGUAGACAUUCUUGAUUCUGCUCUUUUACGUCCUGGACGUUUUGAUAGACAAAUCUAUGUUCCAGUCCCGGAUAUCAAAGGUCGUGCUUCCAUCUUCAGAGUUCAUCUUGGACCGUUGCGUACUUCUCUCGAUAAAACAGUGUUGUCCCGAAAACUUGCUGCUCACACUCCAGGCUUUUCUGGUGCUGACAUCUCCAACGUAUGCAAUGAAGCAGCUUUGAUUGCUGCCAGAGAUGCGAACGACGAGAUCUCUAACAAACAUUUCGAACAAGCUAUUGAGCGUGUGGUAGCUGGAAUGGAGAAAAAGACACAAGUAUUACAAAAAGAGGAGAAGAAAACAGUGGCAUAUCAUGAGGCCGGUCAUGCGAUCGCAGGAUGGUUCCUUGAAUACGCUGAUCCACUUCUGAAAGUUUCAAUCAUUCCACGUGGAAAAGGAUUGGGUUAUGCGCAAUAUCUGCCAAAAGAGCAAUACUUGUACUCAAAGGAACAAUUACUUGACAGGUAUUCGUUGAAAAAACUAUGUUCUAAUCAUCGAAUUCUACUUUUUCAGAAUGUGUAUGACUCUCGGAGGACGUGUGGCGGAAGAAAUUUUCUUUGGAAGAAUCACAACUGGUGCUCAAGACGACUUGCAGAAAGUAACUCAAAUGGCUUACUCUCAGGUAGAAGACAUGUUGUGAAGUUUGGAAUGAGCGAAAAGGUUGGACCACUCUCCUUUGACACACCGGCUCCGGGUGAGAUGGCGUUUGACAAACCAUAUUCUGAAGCGACCGCGCAACUGAUUGAUCAAGAAGUUAGAGAUUUGGUGACGAAUGCUCUCAAAAGAACUCGUGAAUUGCUCCUGAAGAAGUAUGAUGAUAUUGAGAAAGUAGCUCUGAGGCUCCUUGAGAAAGAGAUUCUCAAUCGCGAGGACAUGAUUGAGCUACUUGGAAAACGACCGUUCCACGAGAAGAACACAUACGAAGAGAUGGUUUCGGGCACUGGUGGACUGGAUGAGAAUGUGGAAUUGCCGAAAGGUCUUGAGAAUUGGAAUAAGGAAGGUGAAAAAAAUGAGAAGAGCGAGAAAAAGAAAGAAGAAUGA